CGCACGGUCAACAAUCGAAAAGUGAAGGAACCGAACACGGAAGGUAACUUUUUUGAAUAUAAAUAUUGUUUGUGAAAGGUGCAGUUAUUUGGGGACUUUGUGUUGCUGUAGUUUUCGUCGGAAGUAACAGGUAGCUAUGGCUUCUCAUCGUAAUAGAGGAAAGAAAGCAAGAGAUACAGAAGAGGAGCAGGAAAACACUUCCAAAUUGGACAAAUCAUCACUUCAUGAGAACAAAUCUGCUAUUCAAUGUCCGUUUUCUUCAACAUCAAGACCUGGGCUGGAUGGGGGCAGAGACCCAUCAAACUCCAAGCCAAGUGCCCCCAAAAGGAGUGAAUUCCAGCAUGCAGCAUUACCUACCAUGGAAUUGUACCUUUACGUUGCAUUCAUCGGCUUUUUACUUUUCUACAUACAAUGGCACAUUCACCAGAUAUCUAAAGAAAAUGAAUCACAGAUCGGGUCUUACCUGAGUAACAGCUGGCCAUUCAUACAACAUCUGAAAAAGGAUACUUCUGAUUAUCAAUGGAAGUUUUUUACUGGUACGAUGACAACGCCUGCCGUAGUUGUUUCCUUCAUAGCAUAUGUAGUCAUGGGCCAACUGGUUGCGUUUGUUGCUCCAAAGCUGAGAAAGCCAUUCAUGCUGUUGUACUCAAUCCUGAUUGUUUAUGUUGGAUACGGCAGCCAUGUUUUAGCACUUCUCCUAGUACAUGCAGUCAUGGUGUAUGUAGUCGCCCUCACAAGGAAGCCAAUCUUAGUUUGGAUUGUUGUUGUGCUUCAAAUUACUUCCUUCAGUGUGCAGUCACUAUUGGACUUCCAGAAUCAGUAUAUCACUGGCUUGUAUUCAGGCACAGUGUGCAUAACAACCAGCAAUUUACGCCUGUUAUGUUUCGGCCUGGAGUUUUGUCGUAACACCAAGCCGGGUAAACCUUCUCCACGAGACUACACCUUCUUUGACAUGCUGCUUUACAAUUUCUAUCUACCAGUGCUGGCUUACGGACCUGUCAUUGGAUACGACACCUUCUUAAGUCAGAUAAACAAUAAGAUAAAGAUGUUUUCUUGGAAGGAGUUGAGAUACAUCUUGAAGGAGUUCAUCAGAUUCCUCUUCUGGGCCUUCUUUGCUGAACUGUUUGUCCAUUGGUUGUAUAUUGGUGCACUGACCAACCACAGAGCAACUAGAGAGAGUCUAAGUGCCUUGGAUAUUAGUUUCCUGGCACUGUACCAUUUACUGUUCUUCCAACUGAAGGUUUUAGUGUUAUACAGUUUACCUCGUGUCAUAGCAUUAUUUGACCGCAUUGAAGCUCCCAUCAACCCUAUCUGUAUACUCAGCAUGCACUUCUUCAAAGACAUGUGGAAGUACUUUGAUAGAGGAUUGAAUGACAUGCUAACAAAGUACAUCUACUACCCACUUGGAGGCUCCAGACAUGGCAUCCUGCGUCAAUCUUUUGCAGCCUUCAUGUGUUUCUUCUUUGUUGCCCACUGGCAUGGUUGUACCAAGUCUAACUAUUACUGGGCCCUCUUGAACUGGGUUGGAGUUCAGCUAGAAUCUAUUCUCCUAACAUUCAGCGCCAACUUCAUGCCUCUUCAGAGAUUUCAGAAUGGCUUGUCUGGUGCAAUGCUGAGACGUUUUCAUAUCGCGUGUGCCGUGCCGAACUACUUAUUCCUAGCAUCGGCUAAUCUUGUAUUUGUUCUUGGUACCACAAAGACUUACUACAUUGUGACUACAGUUUAUUUCGGAGAUUGGCCGUGGAACUUUCUUCUAGUACUGAUCUCUUUUUACUGCUGUAUCCAGGUAGUGACCGAAAUGGAAAAAAGAAUCGGUAAGAACAGGAUGUUAUCAAAGAAGUACAUCUGAAGUAACCUUCAGACAUCUUCAGACCACAGGACAGCUUCAUCAAGAAAGCACACAUCUUAUUAACACUCUUGAGUAGAAAAUCAGGGAGCUAUUUCACAAAGAUAGUCCUAAACUAAGGACUAGUCCUAGGACUCUUAAGGAGUUUAAAAACAUAAGGCUAG